GAUGGAGCUAUCACAACGAUGGAGAUGACGCAAACAGACUCAGCUCUCCGAAAAAGUGUUUCAAGAGGAACAUGGCGGCAACUUAACCGAGGUCCAAGAUGACAGUAGCCACCGGGAGAACGGAUUCGAUGCUUUCCGCGAAACCCAUGUACCUGCGUCGAAGGGGCUGUUGGCUCUCCUUUAAGUGAAUCUGCGGAUCGAGCGGUGGCAGACGCGCAGCAUCAGCACUGAGAGGCUCGCAACAGCUGGUCUCCCUUGCGCGCCCUCCUGACAAGCGAACAAGCCCGGAGAGGGGACGUCAGGGAAGACGUGGGGGUAUGCGGUCAAAAAGGACGCCGUCUCCCCCCGGAGAGCCAUGGAGAACCGGGAUGCGGCAGCGCGAAGCUUAAUCUGUGCGGGCACGCUAAUUGGUUCGGAAUAGCACCGACUUGCUUCGGGGCGCGAUAGCAGGAGCGCCCUGGACCGGCGGAGGCUCGGAACCCCCCUCCUACCGCUGCAGAGGAGAACCAACCGGAGCUCGACUCCCGACAAGUCAAUGAGUAUUGUGGCAGAGGAGCCCCCGCGGUGGAGUCGGCCCAGGGCAGCACUCUCCUAAAAUAUGACCAGGGGUGUUUGGAUGCGUCGGCAGCAUGACGAAUGCUUAAAAUAUUGGUCUGCACCCCGAGAGAACGAGAAGCCAUUCACGGAGCCGGAGCGGGCCCAGAGAUGGCGACAGUCGCUGGCUUCUCUGCUCUUCAUCACCGUCCUGCUCUCUGAUCACCUGUGGUUCUGCGCCGAGGCCAAGCUGACACGGACCCGCGACAAGCGGUCGGACGAGGGGCAAGCGAUCCCGGGCGCGGGCGAGAAGAAGCAAAACUCCCCCCAACCACACCACAUCCCAACAUCACCCGACCCCCGCCGCCUCGCCAGAGAACUAGAUGUUAUUUUUAUAGGGAAUUCUACCAAACCUCUGUGGCGGAUGGACACCUGUCACCCGGACGGCGUGUCCAGAGACUGCUUCACUUUCACGGAUGCUCUGACCGUGUGCCUGGGCCUCUCUGGCGGAGAAGAAGAGGGGGCACAGUGGGCGUACGUGAAUCUGAGCGAUUUGUACCUUUCUUUUUGUAAUUCCUACUCACUUUUGGAUUUGUUUUACGGGUUUACGAGUCCGGACGUUCUGAAUUGCUCCCUGGAUACGGCCAUGGGGGUGGAUCUGCUGGGGUGCGCGGAGUGUAUCCGGGCUUAUCAGCGUCUGGAUCGGCAGGCGGAGGAGAACUACAGGGACUUUGAGCUGCUGGUUCAGAAGUACGAGACGGACGCGUACUCAGUCAGGACAUGCAUGGAUGAGUGCAAGGGCUCCGUCGCAACAUGUUGAUCUCCUUCUUCUCUCCAUCAGUGACCGUCCCUUUCUCGCUUUCA